CGGGCGCUGCCAAAAGUCGGUGGAAGCGUCGGCGGGUCAGACGGCGAUGAGUUGAGGAGGAUCGCCCACACUUUUGUCCAACCCUGAACAGGCGACUGUUUCAAAUGGAGGUGGUAUGGGGGCAGAUCGGUGGAGAGGAUGAAGAAGCAGAUGAGGCAGAGCCCGAGGCCAUGUUGUGGUCUAUCCAGGAGGCACUGGAGAAGCAGACUCUGCAGAUAGGAGUGUCUGCCUGCGGGGCCACUGCAGUGGUGGAUGUCCUCCAGGUCCUUGGCGUGGCGGUGGUGCCAGAGGAAGCUGACCGCUGCGUCCAGACACAGCUGAGAAGGAAUGAAUCACCACUGCCUGACUACCUGCUUUCAAGGAGCGAGGCUGGUGCAACACACACUCAGCUCAUAGAGGGAGCAGAACAAGCCAGUAAGGGGAGGGUGAUGGGGCGAUUCUUUCACCUCCACCCUCGCAGGCGGAUUAGCCUAGUUCCCUGGCUGGCACGCUGGAUCCGCAAGGGAGCAGUACCAGUGGCCACCAUGAACAUGCAGCUGGCAGUGCCCAAGGGAGAGGAAGUACCAGACGCCUGGCACCAUCAGCUCAUUUUUGGGGUUACCCCCAAUGCAAUUUUCAUGGCCAACCCGUUGGAUGAAGUAAGUGAGAGGGAGUUGCAUACACGACUCUGCAGUGAAUCCGUGCUGCUGAUUCGCAGGGAGGAUGUGCUGCAGAGAUGGAUGCCUGAUUGCUGUCUGUCCAGCCUAUCAGAGGGCCGAUCCGACCCCCGCUGGAAGGCCCUGGAUGUUGAGGUUGCCAUGGCUGAGCGGGUGCUGGUGAUUGGCAGCGGUGGGCGGGAACACGCUCUGGCAUGGAAGCUGGCCCAGUCGCCAAAUGUACAGCAGGUUCUGGUGGCUCCUGGAAAUGCAGGCACAGCUAACUGUGGGAAGAUCAGCAACUCUGAGGUCUCAGUGAGUAACCACACCAUCUUGGCUCAGUUCUGCAAGGAUCACAAUGUGGGACUUGUUGUGGUCGGACCCGAGGUGCCCCUGGCCGCAGGUAUUGUGGAUGACCUCACGGCUGCGGGGGUGCUGUGUUUCGGCCCCACAGCCAAAGCAGCUCAGCUCGAGGGCAGCAAGAGUUUUUCCAAGGCCUUCAUGGAACGUCAUGGCAUCCCCACUGCCCGCUGGGGCUCCUUCACCGACCCCCAGGAGGCCUGCAAAUACAUACGCACGGCCAGCAUCCAGGCCUUGGUGGUGAAGGCCAGUGGUCUUGCCGCAGGAAAGGGAGUCAUUGUGGCCAAGGACCAGGAAGAGGCCUGUCAAGCAGUGAUGGACAUCAUGAAGGAAAAAGCCUUUGGAUCUGCCGGGGAGACCGUAGUUGUGGAGGAGCUUCUGGAGGGAGAGGAAGUGUCUUGUCUGUGCUUUAGUGACGGCUCCUUGGUGUCUCCGAUGCCACCAGCGCAAGAUCACAAGCGGCUGCAGGACGGUGACCUGGGCCCCAACACGGGUGGCAUGGGGGCGUACUGCCCCACGCCACAGGUGAGUGAGGAGCUUCUGCAGCAAAUCAAAGAGUCUGUUCUGCAGAAAACUGUGGACGGAAUGAAGGAGGAAGGAGCUCCCUACGUGGGUGUGCUAUAUGCGGGGCUGAUGUUAACCAAGCAAGGGCCAAAGGUCCUCGAGUUCAACUGUCGCUUUGGAGACCCCGAGUGUCAGGUUCUGUUACCCCUGCUGAAGACUGACCUUUAUGAGGUGUUGAUGAACACCCUGAAUGGCAAGCUGUCCUCCAACCCCCCUGCGUGGCACCGGGACAGCUCUGCGGUCACCGUGGUGAUGGCCAGUGCUGGCUACCCGGGCUCUUACCAGAAAGGAGUCGAGAUCACAGGUCUGUCUCAGGUGCAGGAGAUGGGACUGCAGGUUUUCCAUGCAGGCACAGCGCUGAAGGAAGGGGGCGUGGUCUCAAGUGGAGGGCGUGUCCUGACGGUCACUGCCGUCAGGUCGUCCCUGGAGACGGCCCUGCAGGCAGCCAAUCAUGGUGUGGAGGCUGUGGGCUUCCCCAGAGCCGUAUACCGUCGCGACAUCGGCCACAGGGCCAUCGCCCACCUGAACCAGCGCAGAGGUCUGACCUAUAAAGACAGCGGUGUGGAUAUUGCAGCGGGUAACAAGCUGGUGGAUAUGAUCAAACCUCUGGCCAAGGCGACCUCCCGGGCUGGGUGCAAUGCCGAGUUGGGAGGCUUUGCCGGGUUGUUUGAUCUAAAGGCGGCAGGCUUCGUUGAUCCCAUCCUGGUGUCUGGGACAGAUGGAGUGGGGACAAAACUCAAGAUUGCCCAGGCCUGUGGGCAGCAUGCUGGCCUGGGUCAGGACCUGGUGGCCAUGUGUGUGAACGAUGUGUUGGCUCAGGGGGCAGAGCCGCUCUUCUUCCUCGACUAUUUCUCCUGUGGCAGUUUGGACGUCGGCGUGGCCGCCUCGGUGAUCGGUGGCAUCGCUGAAGCCUGCCGGAUGGCCGGCUGUGCUCUGCUGGGUGGAGAAACAGCCGAGAUGCCAGGGGUCUACGGUCCGGGGGAGUAUGACCUUGCUGGGUUCUGCGUGGGGGCAGUUGAGCGCGGAGCCCUGCUGCCCCGCCUUGGCGACAUUACUGAGGGGGACCUGCUGAUCGGUGUGGCCUCCUCAGGGGUCCACAGCAACGGCUUCAGCCUGGUCCGGAAGGUCCUGGAGCAAGCCAACCUUUCCUACAGCUCCCCAGCCCCCUUUGGCAAGUCUGGGCAGACCAUCGGAGAAGUUCUGCUGACACCGACAAAGAUCUAUAGUCGUCUGCUCCUGCCAAUCCUGCGCAGCGGUUCUAUCAAAGCCUACGCCCACAUCACAGGAGGCGGGCUGCUAGAGAACAUCCCCCGGGUGCUCCCACAGGAGCUGGCUGUUGAUUUAGACGCCUCUCGCUGGAGCAUCCCCCCCGUGUUCUCCUGGCUCCAGAGGGAGGGGGCACUGAGUAAGGAGGAGAUGGCCCGCACCUUCAACUGUGGCCUGGGGGCCGUGCUAGUGGUGGCACCGCUGGAUGCACAGAGAGUCCUAAGCCAGCUCCAGGCCCACGAAGAGGCCUGGAUCGUGGGCUCACUGGCACAUAAGCAGCCUGGCGCGGAUCCUGUGGUGGUUCGCAACCUGGAGUACAUCCUACGCACAGGCCCCUCGCCCAGUGGAGACUUGGGAGUCCAGCAGAAUGGCGGUUGUCACGGCAACAGCGGCACACCACAGAAGACGACCAGGGUGGCGGUCCUCAUUUCCGGCACAGGCACCAACCUGCAGGCCCUGAUCGAGCAGGCCAAACGUCCAUCCAGCUCGGCAGAGAUCGUCGUGGUCAUUUCCAACAGGCCCGGCGUUCAAGGUCUGAAGAGAGCCUCCCUGGCUGGCAUCCAAACACGGGUGGUGGACCACAAGCUGUUCGGGAGUCGAGCAGAGUUUGACGGCACCAUCGAUGGUGUGCUGGAGGAGUUCAAGGUGGAGGUGGUGUGUCUGGCAGGGUUCAUGAGGAUCCUAACUGGACCCUUUGUCAAGAAGUGGAAUGGUAAGCUUCUGAACAUCCAUCCAUCCCUGCUGCCCUCCUUCAAGGGAGUGAAUGCCCAGAAGCAGGCACUGCAAGCUGGGGCACGGGUCAGCGGCUGCACCGUCCACUUUGUAGCUGAAGAGGUUGAUGCUGGAGCCAUCAUUGUGCAGGAGGCAGUACCGGUGCUGGUAGGUGACACAGAGGAGAGCCUGUCAGCUCGGAUUCGUGAGGCUGAGCAUAGGGCCUUCCCUGCGGCUCUAGAGCUGGUGGCCAGCAAAGCUGUCCAGCUGGGAGAGGACAGACGCAUAGACUGGAAAUCCACCACGCAUGCCUGAAGCACAGCGAACUCUCUUCGACUUAAAAUUCAGUCGUUCAUCAACAUUCCUACCAGUUGGGUUUAAAAUUUAAAAUUAAUUUGACAGUACAAAGGAAAUUUUAACCAAAUGAAACUCAAGUAGAGCGGUUCACAGUCCUCAGACAUUUGCUUUGCACAGUUCCACUGACUUAAACUGUUGUUUUUCAGGUCAAGUCCAGGUUAAGCAGUGUAAAUUCUUGUUACUUGAGUGGAUGCUCCAAGGCCACUUUUAUAACCUGAGCCAAGUCAUUCCAGCUGUAAUAGAAAUUAAAUAGCAUUGCUCUUUCUUCUGCAUAAAGUUAACACUAUCCUUGGGAGUUACUGGGUUUGUUGUGCAUGUUUUUGCCUUGCCUUUUGUAAGUUAAACAAAUCUGCAUUCCUUAUACUAUGCCAUUCGAGAAAGUGCUACAAUUUUAUCUGCACUGCAAAAAUGUGACUACUACAUUGUGAGAAAAAGCAUGACUGGUUUAUUAUGUGAUUUGCAAGGCUGUGUUGAAGUAAUAAAUAAAUGUCCACGCUGCU